AUGAUGGAAUCUAACGGAUCUAAUUUUGAUCCAAUGUUGGAUGAUUUUAUGCGAGAAUUCGAUUGCGAUCCUUCUGAUCGUGAAGAUCUCUCUUGGUUUUUUUUGGAAGAUUGUACACCUUUUAAAGUUGAUGCAAAGAAGGAAAUCGAACGAAUUCGUAGAAAAUAUGUUAAACGAAGUGAAAAAAGAGCUGCCCAGUUUGCGGGUAUAGUACGUCGAUUGCAAAAACAACCCGAUUUGAUAGAUGCAGACGAAUUAGUGCUAUUUCUCAUAGCAUGUGCCUCGGAACAUCAGUAUGCUAGAAAGGCUGAGCGAGAUGCAAAGUUAGCAGCAGCAAAUGCGAACGUUAGUAAUGCUUUGGUAACGCCGAUGUCCCGACAGCGUACCACCAGAUUUACUUUAAGUCAUUCGGCAACACCGAGUUCAGAGAGUAGCAGACAAAGCCUUUUUUCGUCGAAACAUAUACAGCUUUUAAGUCCACAGCCAUCUGUACUUAACGGACGAGCAGCACAUCUUUCAGUUUUGUGCGAAGAGGAAGUUAUAAGACAUGUACUGAUGGCUUUGCAAGGUAUCGAGGGUACUUAUAUUAUAUGUCGCGGUUUCAAACAAGACGAAUUACGAUUAGGCAAUAUGCUUGCAGUCGAUGACACCUUACGCCCUCAGCUGUUACGUUUAUUACCCAUUGCAAAUGCUUAUUUAUAUUUGAAACAUGAGUCACAAAAGCCAUCCUCGGAUCGUCUUGUUCGGGCGUUUUCUACAGGCUUAUCCGAAGUAUUAGCGAGCUAUAUGUGCCUCAUUUCCAUGUUGUAUACGAAGUACAUAUCCAGUCCUGGAUCACUCACUUGUUUGGAUAUUGUGAUCGCAUUGUGCAACUGGGAAAUCUUAUUGCCCUUUUUGUCGAAACUUGUUUCCAUUUCUGGAAGGAGCACUGCUAAUCAAUUUAUCCAACAAUUUCUGCAUAUGUUGCUGCGCCCUAUGAUGUACAUUUUUCAUGAAUGCCUUCAUAGCUGGCUUGUAUAUGGGCGUUUGAUGGAUCCUGGUUUCCAAUGGAUGAUCGAAUUGCGAAACAAAUGGGGAGUGGAAAAAAAUUGGUCAGAUGAGUAUAAAAUAGUGGAUGAUGCAGCACCAUUAAUCUUCCGGCAGUUUGAGGGACUCAAAGAAAAGAUUUUUGUUGUUGGAAAAACUGUAGCUCUGCUGGAAUUGAUGGGCAUGGAAGACGACGAUUUACAUGAGAGACAGCGCAUACUUUCUUCAGUUGAUCCACUACAAUGCUAUUUAUGUAUAUCAAGUGGUUUUCGCCUUUGGUAUGCUGUUAAAAAACUAUCUCAUCGAAUGAUUGGCAAAGUUUCGCAGAAUAUCGUUCAAAAAUACAACUUUCAUACCCAUAUAUUGGCUAUUGAGCGACAUUAUUUGUUGAACGACGAAUAUUUUGCAUUAACCUUUUACGAAAAAUUAAAGAAGGAAACAAGUAAUGACGGUGAUAUGUUGAAAUUGGAUUCCGAGCAAGUUUCUCAGGCAUUCAGUGCAGCUAUUCAACAGUGCAAUAGUUGGCCAAAAGACAUUCUAAAACAAGCAAAAAUCGAUGCAACUUGUGGUUUGAUGGAAGAAUUUAACGAAACAGGUGGCUCUUCACAUCUUGUCGCAAGUCCUCGGGAUCAAAGUGGCUCUGCAACCAUCCGUUUGAACUAUGAAUCCAAAGUUCCCAUCUCAAUUGUUCUGGACAAAAGUGCUAUGGAACGUUACGAAAAAGCAUUUGAAUUUAUAUGGCUUCUGCUUUCGACUGAUUUCCAACUUACUACCACUUUGCAAGAUCACCACUGCUUUAUAAAGAAUGAACCGUUGUCUGAUGCAACAUUAGUCGUGAAUAUAUUUACAAUAUCUUUUGCUCGAAUGUCUCAAAUUCUGAGCACUGUGCGUUCUUACGUCUCACGUAAUAUUGUGUUACGUCUUCGAUCAAUCUUGUUUCUGGAGAUGGACAAUAUUAGUGAUAUAGAUGGUCUCAUAGAAGCACAUAACCGAUAUCUUGGGCAACUCGAAAAUGGCCUUUUUUUGGAUGAAGAAAGCAUGGCCCGUAAACGUUUCGGUGAACAACAAAAAAAAUUGAAUGGGAAAGAUUUUUACGACACUAAAUUUUUUGAACAAGAAGAAGAACGAAUUCGCUUAGAAGAAUUGCAACAACAUCUGGAAGAAUAUUAUCAGCCAAAAGUGAAAACUUUAAAUUCGAAAUUUGUGCUUCUUAUACGGGAUAUACUCAAUGUUUUAACGGCACCACCGCGCAAAUUGCAUUAUGUGGAACUUGCAUUGCAGCUAGAUUUAACUGGCUUUUAUCGGCAGUGUGAAAUUUAA